GGUGACAAGGAAGGGAAGGGGGCGGGUUCGCUGUGGUCGACGCCGCCGCUGGAGCUCUUCCCGGGGUUUCGAAGCGGCUCCCAAAACAAACGGGGAGAGGAGAGAGAGAGAGAGAGAGAGAGAGGGGAGGAGAAAGAGAGAGGAGAGAGAGAGAGAGAAACAAGUAUGGCGGACGAGGCGGCGUUGCCUCUGCUCUUCUUGUUCCUCUACUUGCUGAUGAAGCGCCGGGCCGAGGUGGAGGGCGCCAACCUCGAGAGGAGGAACGACGCUCAGAGGCGGCUGAGGAUGAGGCAGUACUUCCAGCAGCGACAGAGGAAGAUGAUAUUGAUGGUCAUGGCCCGUGGAGGUAGUAGGUGUAACUGUCGAACAAGAAUUUGGUGCAAGCCUAGAAGUUCGGACUGGUGGGAACGCGUGGUCAUGAAGGAAUUUCAGCCGAACGACUGGUUGGAAAAUUUCCGAAUGUCUAAGGAAACAUUUUUUCACGUGUGUAAUAAGCUGAAACCCAUGGUGUCUCGCCGAAACACUCACCUUCGACCAGCACUGCCACUGGAAAAGCGAGUUGCAGUGGCCUUUUGGCGACUAGCUACGAAUGUUGAAUAUAGAACAAUAAGUCAUCUGUUUGGAAUAGGGCGAUCAACUGUGUGUAAAUGUGUGAGAGAAGUCUGCUACGCCAUUGUGUCUCUGUUAAAGCCUCUGUAUCUAAGACUGCCUACCAAUCAGGAAUUUGAGACUAUGAAUCGGACGUAUGGCAUCAAGUGGGACAUUCCCCAAUGUGUUGGUACUAUUGAUAGUUGCCAUAUACCCAUUAUUGCCCCGCCACAGUAUCACAAAGAUUAUUUAAACAAAAAGGGAUGGCAUUCGGUUGUCUUGCAAGGUGUGGUUGAUGGCACUGGUAAUUUCUGGGACGUCUGUGCUGGAUUUUCUGGGAGUACUCUUGACACAAAAAUUCUGAAGAAUUCUGAUGUGUGGAUGAGGGCUACUGAAGGAAAGUUGUUUCCCGCUUGCCCCAGAAUCAUCAGGGGAACUCCCGUGAGAUACCUGUUGAUAGGCAGCUCUUCAUACCCACUGCAGGAAUGGUUACUGAAGCCGUAUUUGGAAACAGGAAAGCUCUCACAGCAUCAAGUUGUGUUUAACUGCAGGUUAAACCAGGCUCACACUGUGAUAGACAAUGCCUUUAGCAGACUCAAAGCACGUUGGCAAUGUCUUCUCAAAAGGAAUGACUGUAGCCUUGAACUGAUUCCGACAAUGAUCACCGCCUGCUGCAUUCUUCACAACGUUUGUGAAAAGCAUAAUGAUGGUUUUAAUAAUGAAUGGCUGGGAGUGCUUGGGCAGGAGGAAUUUCCUCAGCCAAACCAAACAGAAUCUGACAGACAGAUUGAUAGCAAAGCAGAAGAAAUCCGACAGGUAUUGGCUGCUUACUUUAUGGGUCCGGAAGAUAGUUAGGUCUCUAUCUAUGGCGUUCUAGGUUGUAUUCGAUGUUGCAUUUGCAGAAGUUGUAAAUAAUGUAUGAUAAUUUUUCAGUGUGGUUUUAUCUCUAUUCUGACUAGGAAUGCCUUGGUAUUGUAUACUGAUGCAAUAAAGCCUGUAUCAUA